UGUUAUUAUUAUAUUUCAACACUAGGAACGAGAGUUGGCGAAAAAGAAACAUUUUCAAAAUCCCAAUUAUAGUUUUGCAUUAAACAUGGCGAGUUACAUUGCUAGAAAGGGUCCAUUAGUGUUUUCCAGCCUUGGAAAGUGGGCCUACAAUAUGUCUGGAUUCAACCAAUACGGUUUAUACCGUGAUGAUUGCCUCUAUGAGAAUGAAGAUGUGACUGAAGCUGUUCGACGUCUGCCUCGCAAAUUAUACGAUGAGCGCAACUAUCGAAUAAUGCGCGCUUUGCAUUUGUCGAUGACCAAGACAAUAUUGCCCAAGGAGCAAUGGACACAGUACGAGGAGGACGUCAAGUACUUGGAGCCCUAUCUUAAGGAAGUUAUCGCUGAGCGCGAGGAACGUGAGCAAUGGAAUAAGACUCAUUGAAAUUAAGACUACUGAACAAAGUACAAUAAAAUGAUAUAAGCAUAAG